CCAAGGCGCGAUAUUAAUUCCGGUUAUAAAUUGAAGCGAUUGCAAAUACCAAUUUAUGAUAUAUAUACAUAUAUAUAUAUAAGUACGGUUAUAUAUAUAUGUAUAUAUAUCCUAAAUUUGUCUUUGGAAUGAAUUUUAUUUGGGGGGAAAGAAAAUUAUAUUCAAGACGUCAAGCUUAGCGAAGUGUUUUAAACGUAUCUGGAUAACAAGCCUGACGAUGCCUAAAGACAAAACACACACGUCAACAAAAAUGAGAGCCGUGCCAUAUGAAAAAGUGCCCCGUAAGGAAUCAACAUCAAAUGGAGCAAGCUCUUAUCAAGCCCGGACAGAAGUGAAGUCGAUUGAGCAGAACUAUCAGCAUGUUCAAGAAUCCAACAUGGACGACGACUUAGUCAUAUCGACCGAGUGGAAAUUGAAUGUACUAUUAGACAAAAUUUCUCAGUCCCUUAAGGAGGAGGACUUACCAAGAAUGAAAUUUUACUGCAGAGCCGGAACUAUUGGACGAAAAGCAUUGAGCGAAGCAGUGAAUCCACUCAUGUUCUUCCAGUUGCUGAUGGAUAACGAGUUUUUAAAUUGCAACAAUCUUCUACACUUGCAAGCAAUGAUUUGGCAUAUCGGCAGGAAAGAUCUAUACAAAGAUAUGGUAGCAUUUGCGAGAGAGUGUCGUCGACAGCCAUUGUAUUUUUUCACACCCAAGAUAAAGCCAGUCAAUGGGUACAAACACGUGAAAUUCCAUAUCGGAGGGUCAGAAACAAACAGGCGAGAAGUAGAAAAUCUGAGAGGCGUUGUAGCAGAGCUACUUUGCGUACAACACGAAGAUGUGAUGCUGGUUGGCUUUGAACCUUCAAACAGCAUCAUCAUUACCUUUAUGGUACCUGAAGAAGCGAUUGAAACGUUGUAUGACUUAGAACCAGAAGACAGGAGUGUGCUUAAAUCCAUGAAAGUUGAUUACAUAUUUCAAGAUGAACAAGAGAUACCCUUAAUUGGUGAAAAAAUGCAAAAGCCUACCACAAUAUCGCAAAUAGAAGCAACAUCGAAACUUUUGAGAGAUCGAGAUCAGUUGACUUCCAAGUUAGGGAAACUGCAAUCUUUACUUCAGAAAAGAAAUGAGGAGUUACGUCAGGCAAAAGUGAAUGAAAAACUUUUGCAACAGAGUAGGGACCAAGCUUUCAUUGCUUUUAUGACUCUCCUGAACAACCAUCGACCGACUACGACGGCUAUCGAUUCUCUUGUUAACAAGAGUGGCAUGGUAUACUUCCGACAUAGCCUUCAAACGUUUAGGUCGAAAUUUCCAGACGAAAUGGAUGCCAUUGAAACAUUAUUAGAAGCAAAGGAGCUACUUGCUUGCAAGGCUGAAAGAGAUGCAUGGAGGCAACAUACUGAAUCUAUACGACUUUUGAAUCAACUUGAGACAAAUUCAUUAAGGAUUCAACACACAAUGGCCAUCACCAAGCUUCAAGGUAUAAGCUACAAUCAGAAACCACCAGUACUGUAUCCCAAUGGACAUGUAACCACACAGAACAGAACCAUUCAAGUUGAUGUAGCAAUGGUGACAGAACAGGUUCAGACAGGAGACUUACCAAAAGACAUGCAAAUUGAACCAGCCAAAAAAGUAUUUAACUCAAAAGUCAUUAGAGCUUUUGAAGACAUAUCCAAUAUGCUGAAUCUUGCACAAAAGAAGAGCCUACUCAGACAGUCGGGGAUAAGCGAGUCGGACGAACAUAAAUAUUUGAAGAACAAUGGGCAGUUCAUGCAACACUUGUAUCGUGCGAAACCAGCCGAACAAGUGAUAGAUGAAUUGGAAUUUGCUCUGAAAACGUGUCGUCAAUUGGACGAUAAGAAGCUAGACGAAGGAGUCUACAAGGUUGUGAUGAGUGUUGUCAAAUAUCGCGACGAGCAAUGUGCCAUGUUACAGUGAAAAAACGCUACCUGUAUAGUCGUCGCGUAGAUACUCUUCAGAGGAACAACUAUCGAAACCUGGCCUAUAGACAAUGAAUAAAUAAAUCUAACAUUAGGAAGUAUCGGUACAUGUAACAGAAAUUCAAUCAUCAUCAUUCGAGUAAAAGUCAUUCAUAUGGAGGUCUGGAAUAUUCAAGAUCAGGAAUUUUAAAAACGACAGAUCUUAACAGAACAUGAUAACCUUAUCAUUUUCAUAUUAACGGCGCCAAUGUAACUAUAGAAUAUCAUAGAGGAUUUCUUAUGAUAAUAUGUUAUACGUUUAGAGAGGUUUGGGUAAGAGUUUGAACUCAUACUAGAGUUCUCAAUGGAUUUGUCUCGGGAUACAAUACAUGAUAACAAAACUGAUUAUAACACUAUAAUGUAGAACUAACUAAUCUAUAUCAGCUACCGAUCAUAUUUUGGGUGAUGUAUAACAUUUCGUUAUUUCCGAUCGUCUCAUUUUUUUUCGCUCCACUAAACAGCGUAUUUUCCUGGCAAUCACAUCCAAAACCAAAGGAACGAAAGCUUUCUAUUUUUCCUCUGUAGUCAACACUGAAAUCGUGAUGAUAAAUCAUUCAAUAUCAAAUCACCGUAAAAAGGGGAAAGCAAGGAUGUUACUAUCCAGAAAUGGAAAACGAUUGGGAAAUUGGAAUCAUCACGUUUAUCAUACAGCUUAGUCGUAAGCUGUUCCUAAUGUUUACGUUGUAAAUAAAGAUCGAGGCGAUACCCUAAGUAUGAAGUUCCAGUGACAAGCUGUGUAGGAGAUAGAAACCUUAUUUUGGUGUUGUCCAAAAGGUCAGAAUGAGAAACUUUUGAUAUAUGACACACUGCCUCAUUAAGGUAAACCCAUAUACUGAGUAUGAAGUUCCAUUGUCAAGUAGUGUAGGAGAUAAACGUCAAGACAAAAUGUUUGAUGUUAGCCUUACGUCAAAAUGUAGGUCAGAGUGACCUUAUUUUGACCCACGACUCACACCUUACCUAAGAGAACCCAUGUCCAAUGUAUGAAGUGGCCAAGGCAAGUAGUACAUGUAGGAGAUACAGCCAGGACAUGUUUUCCUUUGAUGUACAGGUCAAAGGUCAACUGUGGUCACAGUGACCUAAUUUUGACACGACACAGCGCCUCACUUCGGUAAAUCCAUGACCCCAAGUAUGAAGUGCAAGUGUCAAGAAGGUCAAAGGUCAAAAUGCAGAGUGACAUAAUUUUGAGGCGUGUUUAUUAUCUACUUAUGUUAAUAAUGAGUUAUUUAGACACAGGGUAAUGAAUUGAGAUUUGUAUUUUGUAAUAUUAGUAAAGCUUUUGAUAGGGUAUGGUGGCCGCCAAUUUAAAUAAGAACCAUAUGGUACCAAUGGAAACAACUGUCAUCAUUUAAAGACAAUCUUUCUGAAAGAAAACAAAAAGUAUUCACUAAGGUCACUAUUCAAGUUUUAAUAAAUGUAAAUUGAUACACCAAAA